UUGGAUCAUGUGAAGAGCGGGGCGGAUUCGGAGGCUUCGUAUGAUGGUAAUAGUAAUGGUGGGGUUUACCAACAGAGCAGUUCGCACCUCCACCACCAUUGCCACCACCUUCCGGUGAUACGCUACUUUUUGAUACGUAAAAGGGUGCCUGAGAAUUGGGUUUUACACGUGGAGGAAUGCGUGUUCAGUGUGCGGGGAUUUUUGUAUUCUUCGACUCCAAGGAAGCAUAUGGGCCGUGCGGUUCUUGCAAUACUUCUGAUGAUGGUGGUGUUCUCGGCUUUUUUCAAGUUUUUCUUCUUGAUGGGGGGCGGCGGCGGGGGCACCCCUGGGGUCGGCAUCGGGAAUUUUGUGAGGACGGAGAAAGAGAUUGUGAUUAUUCAGAAUUUCAAGAAUGAUCCUUCGUCCAAUGCUCAGAAGGCAGUUCUUGACCCGGAGCCAUCUUCUAGUUCUGCUGUCCAGAAACGGCAGAUGAAGGAAUUUCCGGUACCAGAAAUAUGGACGAAACCAAAUAGUGAUAACUUUUACCAAUGCAUUUCUCGGCCAAGAAAUCGCACAAGGACGGGGUCAGCAACGAACGGUUAUAUUCUUGUUCAUGCUAACGGGGGAUUGAAUCAAAUGAGAACAGGAAUAUGUGAUAUGGUUGCAGUAGCAAAGAUUAUGAAUGCAACUCUUGUGAUUCCUUCCCUUGAUCACUCGAGCUUUUGGACAGAUCCUAGUGGCUUUAAGGAUAUUUUCGAUUGGAGGCAUUUUAUCGAAGUUUUGAAAGAUGAUGUAGAGAUUGUCGAAAAGUUGCCAGCAGAGUAUAAAAGAGUGAAACCCGUGAACAAAGCACCAGUCUCUUGGUCUAAGGCUGGCUAUUAUAGAGGAGAGAUUCUGUCUCUGCUUAAAAAGCGCAAAGUAAUCUUGUUUACCCAUACAGACUCACGGCUCGCAAAUAAUGGGUUGGCGCCCUCUAUCCAGAGGCUUAGGUGCCGUGCAAACUAUGAGGCUCUUCGUUAUACGCCAGAGAUUGAGGAGCUAGGAAUGAAAUUGGUUAACAGACUGAGAGAUGACAAUGAACCAUAUGUUGCUCUUCACUUGAGGUAUGAGAAAGACAUGCUAGCAUUCACUGGCUGCAGCCAUAAUUUGACAGCACGUGAGGCUGAGGAGCUUCGUAUCAUGAGGUACGACGUUAAGCAUUGGAAAGAGAAGGAGAUCGACAGCGAAGAAAAAAGAAGGCAAGGUGGCUGUCCGAUGUCUCCUAGGGAGGCAGCAUUAUUUCUCAAGGCCAUGGGUUAUCCUAGUUCAACAAGAAUAUACAUUGUGGCAGGAGAAAUUUAUGGUAACAAUACUAUGGAUGCAUUCAGAGCUGAGUAUCCAAAUGUUUUCACACACUCAACACUUGCGACACCAGAAGAGUUAGAACCCUUCAAGCCUUAUCAGAAUCGUCUUGCAGCAUUGGACUACAUCAUAGCAUUGGAAAGUGAUGUAUUCGUUUACACGUAUGAUGGGAAUAUGGCAAAGGCCGUGCAGGGGCACAGGAAGUUUGAAGGAUUUAAGAGAACGAUAAACCCUGACAGAUUCAAUUUAGUAAAACUGAUAGAUUUAUUGGAAAAUGGGUCUAUUUCUUGGACGGAUUUCACUGAAGAGGUGAAGAGAUUACACGCUAACAGAACCGGAGCACCAUCUCUUAGACAGGCAGGAGGACUCCCAAGACUAGAGGAGAAUUUCUACGCGAACCCCUUUCCUGGUUGUCUUUGUAACAAAUCCGAGAAGCAACAGCAACUUGAUCCAAGACCUGCUCCCACAGCUACACCACAAAGAUAGCUUAUUUUCUUUUUUAGCGGCUUAAAUCAGAAACCAGAAUUGUAAAGUUGACAACGGCCUGUGCAUUGCUCUAGCAGCAGCUGGAUAGAGGAUGCCUGAAGAAGCGGGAUUCUCACUCUCCAGAAAACAAGCAGCAAACGGGAUCAAAGAGCUUUCUCGGUGGAACAUUGUGAUUCUGUGAAGAAGUUUGCUUGCUAUGGUGUACAAUUGGUUGAGCUGGGAGAGGUGGUUAAUUUUAUGGAUAACCACAACACGAAACCGAAUAAGUGCAUAGUUCAGGGAAGUAGAGAUUAUUUGAUUCAAUUGUUCAUAUUUCCGUCAUUAGGCUUUGAUCAUUGCUCAACACAACAGGCUAUUAUUACGCAGAUUUGUUAUUAUUGUGAACAGAACCACCAUAAAGGGAAAAUUUCUCACAUGUUUCAAAAAAUGCUUCUGCUUUGAUUCACUCGGAAUGUUGUUGCAAAUUUAUGAGAUUGUUUUCUUCUCAACUGUACUUAGUUUUUCCAAUGCUUCAAACAUCUAAUUCGUACAAGGGAAGGUAAAGGAAGUAAAUGCAUGCCCAACAUUAACAUUAACGGAAGGGUCAGGGAACAGAAUUAGGCAAAGGAAAAAUAUAUUAAAUGUUUGUCCACCACUAAAAUUAACGUGAAUGGCAGGGAAUAUAGUAGGCAAAGGAGGGGUGGAGUCCCUUGAAGCAGGUACCACGGCAAGAAUCACAAGUGGAACGUGAAACAAUGCUGAUACACAAGGGUGUUAAACAAGCGAAAAUGAACAGAAGAGCCCAGGAGGCCAAGAGUCACUCAGAGACAGAGGAAGAGAGUACUUCGUAUAACAAUUAUUAUUCUGGAUACUAGUUUUACAAGAUGCUCAACAUAAUCUACAACUGCCUGCGAAUCACAGAAUAAAAAGUACACAGAAAAGUAUAAGCCCCGAACAUCUACAUGAAGGCGUCAGAAGCAUUGCCCCCGGUAAUCACCUUCAUCCGUAUUCAUCAAUACUUUAGUAUA